CUUUGUCCGACCCUACGCAAUGACAAUUUGACGACCUCAAUUACUUCUCACAACGAACCACCCCACGACGUCCAACGACACUAUCACAACCCUCCCUACCAUCACCUUUUCCUUUUGGACAAUCCUUGUGUCACUGCCCUCUUCUCAUGUCGAUACAACCCAUCAUCACGUUCAAGGCUGGGCUCUGUGAGCUUCAGUCUGGCACGACGCCCGCCAAGGUAAAACCUCUCCCGACACCCGGUUACCUCUAUCUCUACGCCGAAGAUGAGCUGCUACACUUGUGCUGGCGGCCAAGAACCGCGGCCUUGGACAACCCCGAGCUGGACCUUUUGAUGCUUCCCACCGAUGGCACAUUCACCCCUUACCAUCCCACAAGCUCAGAGAACCCGGACAACUCAAGACAAGUGACCAAUGGCAGAAUAUACGUCCUCAAGUUCUCCUCCAGCUCGCAGAGAUACCUCUUCUGGCUUCAAUCACGCAGUCAACAUCCUCAGGGUGAUCCUGCAUGGUUCAGUGCCCGGGAUCUGAAAUUGGGCAAGAUUGUGGACAAUCUUCUGCAAGGGGAAGACGUCGACGUUCAACAACAGAUGGCGGAGUUACCAGGUGACCAGCAUGGGCCCGGCGACGACGACGAUGACGAACCAAUGGAAGACGUUGAAGGUACGGAUCACAGUGCCAACCGGAGGCCGUCUCAGAGCGGUCCUGGCGCGGGCCCAGAUGCUACGGGUGGCGACUUUCGUGAGGAGGGCGAGGAGUCCCGGGAGGGAGGCGCGGACGGCGGAAGAGCGGCCGCCGAGAGGGAAAUGCAGAGCAUCGUUGAGCAUUUUACGCGGACGUCAGGUGGCCUUGGGUCGGUAGGGAGAUCCCGAUAUUCAGCUCCCGCCACUCAAGAUCGCGUAUUUACCACACUUACCGACUUGCUGACACCAACAUCGACGAUCCCGUGGAUCGACUCCGCAGACAGCGAGACUGUUGACCGACUACUGCAGUACCUACCCCCAGCAUUGGUGACGUUGGCACAGCAAGCGGACGAUGAAUCGGCCUUGAACACAGAUCAUGCGUCGGUGCAGGCUGCGGAACAGGCUCUGAGUCUAGGUCAGAAAAAGGACAUUCUACGGCGAGUUUUGCGGUCACCUCAAUUCUCUCAGAGCUUGGCCAGCCUCACCAUUGCUUUGAGGGACGGCGGUCUGCCCAGUAUCAGCGAAGCUCUGAAUAUCCCUAUCAUCCAUGGUGGCUACAUGAGGAGAGGCGGUGUGCCCCUGGGCGGUGCCGAAGCCGUCAAAGCUUUUGUGGAAGGCGUGAAACAUUCCGUGGAGAGGCCAAACGCUGGAGACGACAUGGAAAUAGAAUAGAUGUUCAGCCACCAUUGAAGUUCAUAGAGAACACAUCUGGUCCUGCAAGCACCAUGCAUUGCGAACCAAAGGUCAACCCCUGUC